AUGCCAAUAAAUUUGUUAGCCCAAACAGGCACAGACAGCAAUAAAGACAUGGUCAGCGACGAAGUUUUGGCAACAGUCAACACGGUAAACCUGGCAACUCUUACUGCGUUUACCGCUCUGUGUGGGAUCGUUGCUAACGUUCUGAACAUCGUUGUUUUCCUCAGGCAAGGUUUUAACGACACUGUCAAUAUUGGACUCUUCGGUCUUGCACUGUCAGACCUGUGUUCUUUGAUUGCUCUUGAAGGAGUGUGUAUCUUCUGGAACCCAAUGAUUAUCAGAGAGCUACCAGUGAUCGCCCAAGAAGUCCAGCAUUUGAUCGCUUGCUGGCCUCAGACCUGUUUCGCUCGCAUCACCAGCUCCAUCACGGUCUACAUCACAUUUGAGAGAUGCCUUUGUGUGGUCAUUCCUCUGAGUGUGAAGCGAGUCAUCACGCCGAGGGUUACCACCUGUGUCGUUGUGGGAAUCUACACGACUACAGUGGUUAUGAUCAUCCCAGAAUACGCCACUUGCUACAUGGGGUGGAAGUUGAUCCCCGAACAAAACCGAUCCUUGUUGGGACUUAUCCUUUUCCCUGGAAGAUAUGAAACGACUAGAGUGAACUUUAACCUGGGUGUUGGAACUCAGGUGGCUUUAUUUGGAGGCCUUGUCGUCUUCUCGGUGCUACUUGUUGUGAAAUUGAAGGAGAAAUCCAGGUGGAGACAAUCCGUCGGCAUUUCCGGUAAUUCUUCGAAGAAAUUGAGCAGCGUUAAAGAGAACAGAACAGUGAAAAUGAUCACCCUG